AGGUGGAACUGAGAGAGACGCGAUACGGGCCGUCAUUACUUCAUGUAUGGGACUGUGUAUCCGUGCAGUUUAAUGACACCAUAACCCUCUCCAUGUCUAGUCAAUGAUGACUUUUGUGAGAAAAAGAACAUUAUAUUCAACUGGUGAUAGAAAAUAACAACUUUGUGGAUUUAUCGUAUUUUUACCCAAAAAAUACAAAAAGAUGUUUAUUAUUGUUAAAUACGGCAAUAAUGAAUCACUACUAUGCAACCCCAGCUGUGCCGUGAUCAACUUGCUGAACAGUAUAAAGAAGCGUGCAGGGUAUGGAAAUACUGGCCUGACAUUGGAUCUAUCAGACGAAACAGGUCUGGUGAAAGAUCUGGACCUCCACAAGAACGAGUACGCCACCAAGUUCUUGGUCUCCCACACCACCUACAUCCUGGUCCAGAAGGAGGUGGUCUCGGACAACGAACUGAGCCCCGGGGACAGGUCCUCCACUCCAACCCCCACCUUCCAGUACAUGCCCCUCCUGGAGGAGUACGCUAAACAGUUCCCCAACUACCACGUGCAUGUCCAGGAGGUGGAGAAGAAGAAGACGCGCCGUACCGGCAGCAAGUCUCCAAGUCCUGCCGGAAGGUUGAGGUCACAGAAGACGUCCAAGAGGGCAUCACGAAAGAAGUGAUGGGGAUGCCUUGUUCAGGUCCAACAUACAGUUCUAUACAACAUGGCCAAUAUUUACACUUCCUGUUUUUAAUGCAGAUUGUACCUUGAUUUGUAAGGUUGUGUUUUGUAUGGCUGAUAAUUUAUUGAUAUGCUAUCAAACUGUGUGUCCAGAAAUAUGAAGAAGUGUGAAUGUCAGGAUGUAUGAUCUCAAGUGUCAACGAACAGUCAAUCAAUGAAUACGUGUCAAAUAUCUAACUGAUUGCGUUACAGUCAACACAACAUUGUGACAAUUUCUCUGAUCCUGUUGAUGUUCAGAUCUCAAAGUUUCAAGUGUAUAUCCUGUCUGAAUAACCAUGUCCUUGUCUUGUCUGGCCAACAGCGGUCAUUUUAAAUCCUUAAAUAUACACUGAGAAGGAAGUACUUACAGUAAUGACCCACUUGUCAAUUGUCAUAUUCACCAUAAUAUGUGCCCUGGGUAAUAAGAAUAUUGAAGGGGCAGUUAGUAACUGGGUUAAAUUUCUUGCCUAGAUCAAGCAGUUGUGAUCAAACUUCUCAAUGUCAAUAGACAUAAAUGAUUUUCAAUAACAGUUACCAGACAAUUAUAUUGCUCUCCUGCACCUCCUGAAACUAUCUGCAUUAUACCCCCAAAAAUGUAGACUGUCAUAAAUGUACAGUUAUAACAGGAUGCAUUUAAUUAAAAGAAAGAUUACUUUUAGGUUGGUCUGAACGUUUGUGUGGGACAUCUCAUUAGAGCAAUUAGAGCAGGGCACUUAGAGCACUUAUUAUGGUGAAUAUGGUAUGUCAAUAUUUAGUAUUAUUAUUUUUGUUUACAAAAGGAAAAACCAGUAUAACACUAAAAGUAAUGUGCUGUUUCUAGCUAAUGAAGUUGAUCAAGUUUUGUUUAAUAUUGACAAACAAGGAUAUAGCUCCAGUUCUAUGUUAUUUUGUACAUAUUUGUAAAAAGUGUAAUAUGAAUUAUUGUUCAUGUGAUAUGAAUUAAUAAAACGCCAAUGUUUUGCAAA